CGUCUUCUGAUGACGCAGGGGUAAAGCGACAGACAUACACACACAUGCUAAAAGUGUUUCUGAAAAAUGGCAACAGUGCAAGUUAGUGAGGCUGAAAAAGUGUACAUACUACACGGCAUACGAGAUGACUUAAGGGUGGAUGGACGAGGCUGCGAGGACUACAGACACAUGGAAAUAGAGACCGAUGUGGUUUCCAACACAGACGGAUCCGCCAAAGUCACGCUGGGGCACACAGCGGUUCUUGUGGGUGUUAAGGCAGAGAUUGGAAAACCAAGGCCAACAGUGCCAGCCGAGGGCUAUUUGGAGUUCUUUGUUGAUUGUUCGGCCAAUGCGACCCCCGAGUUUGAGGGCAGAGGGGGUGAGGAGCUGGGCACGAAGCUGAGUAACACCCUCUACAAAGUCUUCAACAACAAACGCAGCAUCGAUCUGAAGAGCCUCUGCAUAUGUGCUGGAGAACACUGCUGGGUGCUCUAUGUGGAUGUGCUGCUCCUGCAGUGUGAUGGAAACUUGUACGAUGCCAUAUCAGUAGCUAUCAAGGCAGCUCUCUUCAACACAAAAAUUCCCAAAGUUCACAUAUCAUCCGAUGAAGAAGGAGGAAAAGAAAUUGAGCUGUCUGACGACCCCUACGACUGUAUGAGACUCAACAUAGAAAACGUUCCCUGUAUAGUGACUUUGUGCAAGGUGGGACACAGACAUGUGGUGGAUGCAACACUGCAGGAGAAGGCCUGCUCUGUGGCAAGCCUCAUAAUCUCCGUCACGCACAAGGGCACCAUCACCUGUAUGAGGAAGGUGGGCGGAGGCAGUCUGGACCCAGAGAGCAUCUUUGAAAUGACAGAGGCGGGCAAAAGAGUUGGGAAAGCCCUCCACGCUCCUCUCAUGAAGCUGCUGGAACAGGAAGAGAGUCUCGGAAAAAAGAGACAGAAAGUUGGUUUUUUGGGCUAAAAAUCCGCUCCUGUUUCCAAGUUUGUGUUUACAUGUAUACAUAAUUUUCUAAUAAAGUGUUUAUUUGUACUCUGCGUAUAUUUGUUUUUUCAGAUACGUUUUUGUUGUUGUUUUGUUUGCACACAGAUUGACAGAGGAAUUGUUUUAUGUGGCGUCUGAAUCACAACAGAUGAAGCUUUGUAGAAGAUAUGUCUGGUUGAAAGCUGAAGCUAGUGAAGGAUUAUUAUUAUUAUUAUUUCACAUUUAUACUAAACGUGCAUAUAGUAGGAGGCUCAGGGGAAGCACUUGUGGCCAUCAGUAUUCUUUUGCCCAAAACCAAAUAUAUUCAAGUUGCUGUCAAUAAAGACUGAAUUUUUGGCAUUUUGCUUAAAAUAAUUAAUUGAUUAUCAAAAUAUUUUCUAUGGGCUAAUUGUUUGUCUGUUUUAGUUUUAGUCUGAUUUCAAGCUGUUACAAAGUCACGAAGAAGAUGAAGUGCAGAUUAUUUAAAAUACUUACUAUGAUGCAAAUGGUUGGAAAAAUGGCCUAAUAUGAACCUUGAACAAUACUUAGUGUUUGUGUUCAUUUAUCUUUAAAAUUUGCUCCGCAUCAGUGAAUGGGUUGUUGUUUUUUAACUCUCCACAAAUGCAAAACUUUCCAUUCUUGAAAUCUGCACUGCCCUCUCUCAGCAGACCUGCACUGGAACUGUCCAGUCUUUCUGCAUCCUUUUGUGUUUGCCACGUGUCAGCUGAGGAAUAAGUGUAGUGGAAUCUUACAGAAGGACCAGAUGUGACUCUGGAUGAUUUCCACUUUGUCCUCAGACAGGGUGAGGGUGUGUGCACAGGCGUGCAACAGACUGAUCCAAAACAAGCUCUUGCUUUGGAUCCGUCUGACAUUUGGGCAAAGUUUGAGCCAUUGCCUAAGUCUUUCAGUGUGAAGUUUGAAACUUAAAAAAAAGAAAAUAUCCUGCAUCUCAUCUACUAAAGGAUCAUAAUGCACCUUCACUGCUGUCAAAAACACCUGCAGUAAUAAAACUUACAGGUCAAAUUUUAGCCAUAUGCUGUGGAUGAAACUAUAAUAAUUUGAGCCAGUAAAACUACAGCUGAGUUAUGCAGGGUUUUAUGCAACAGAAGAGUCGCUCUUUGUCUUUUUUAUACACCUUCAUGAAAGCUGCAGAGGGCUUAUGUAAUAGCUGCUUCACACUGUCUGGCCUCAGUCUGCAGGUCUACACCUGCUUUCCAGGCCUGGCUCUCGUUAGCUCUCAACCUCCACGUGAAGAGUCUGGAGCCAAAAGAAACGCACACACGCCAUCCUUAAAGGCUUCUGAGGUUGGACUGUUAUUUCUACAAACAGCACUUUCAGACUACAUAAUUUUUCCAUCUUCUGGGGGAUGAGAGGGAGUGUGUGAGAGGGACAAAUAGAAAGAGAGAGGGAGGGAGAUGGAUAAAUUGCAAGCGUCCACGUUGAUUCAGCCUCAUUCGACAGGUCUAACCAUGGAGUUCAAAGGAGUGUGUGUGCUCCUAGGAGUGCUGCUGCUCGUAAGCUCCUCGCUUCAGCAGAUUCCAACAAAGAAGAAGCCCAUGAAAAAAGGUA